AUGUUCCAAUAGUUCACAUCGCCAAAAAAAUCAAGUUUAAAUUUCUUAGUUUUUGGGAGGCCAGCAUUUAUGUUUUGUUUAGAUCGUGACAAAGAAUGAGUAAAAAGUCGAAAUCGAAGAGAAACUCUCGUAGAGGAAGACUAAAUGAGUACCACGAAGACGGGGAAAUGGAAGAAGACAACCACAUGAACCAUACCAUGAAUGCCAUGGGCAUGCAAAUGCGGUCGAUGAAUCGCUUGAUGAACACGUUCAUGCCGGAUCCGUUCAUGCAGGGAUCGCCAUUCGAUCCUGGAUUCCAGCAGGGCGCCUUGAUGGAACGGCCCCAUCAAAUGGCUGCUAUGCCAGCUAUGGGAAUGUUUGGCAUGCCCAUGAUGCCCAAUUUCAAUCGUUUGCUAAAUGCCGAUAUUGGCGCCAAUCCUGGCGCUUCGUUUUGCCAAAGCACCGUGAUGACUAUGUCAUCGGGCCCCGACGGCCGCCCACAGAUCUACCAGGCCAGCACCAGCACCAAAACUGGCCCAGGCGGCGUUCGCGAGACCCGCAAAACAGUCCAGGACUCGCGCACAGGCUUAAAGAAAAUGGCCAUCGGUCAUCACAUUGGGGAGCGCGCCCACAUCAUUGAGAAGGAACAGGACAUGCGCUCGGGACAGCUGGAGGAGCGUCAGGAGUUCAUCAACCUGGAUGAGGAAGAGGCCGAGCAGUUCGAUCGCGAGUUUACCAAUCGCGCCCAUCGCGGAGGCGGUCCACACGGCCGUCAUGGUGGCAUGCAGGCCAUUCGCGCACCUCCACCAGCAGCAUCGACCUCUACGCUGACCAUUGAGCCGGUCGAUGAUGACGACGACGAUGAUGACUGUGUAAUCCAGGAGCAGCAGCCACAGGGCCGCUCGUCCGCUGGCCGCCAGUUGCCAACGCUGCCAGCACCUCCUACGGCUCUGCACGGAAGCCGCAAUGCUACAGCAGCAGCAACAACAACAACCUCGUCCUCCCCAGCGGUCCACGAUCUAUCGAACAACAACUACGUGAGCAUCGGAAAUUCGCGACGCGCCUACAUGCGCAAUGGGCAACACUUGGCCACUCCCCGUCGACCUCUGCGUACCCCCGCGUCCUCGCCGCUGGCCACGAUAUCCAGCGGCAGUCACAGCAUUGCAGCCACGCCAAGCAUACAUUCACAUCCUUAUGCGGCACAUCCAAGGCGCCAGCAGCGCCCCAUGAAGAACAGCCACCACCACGCCACAGAAGAUGGCGGCGAAUCAAGUUCCAAGUCGGGCAAGCGGGCUAAGAAAUAGAAGGAAAGCUCCAGCUGCAGCAAACCCACACAAUUCCUCAUCUCCAACCACACACAAGGGCACUCACAUACACAUACACACUGGAAAGCUAGCGCUGAUCCUGUUCCAAAAGUACACCUAAUUAUAAUAUAGAAAAGAUACACACACACACACACAACACAAUUACACAGCUGUUUUGUGCGAUCCUGCCUGCGUUGUCUUGGGUUAUAUAUUUUGUCAAUUGUAACUACACAUAACUUAUCUGUCUGCGACAGGUAUCUGUUCCUCACCCCGACUUCGUGCCGACCCGCAGGCAUGGCACAUAAACCGCUGUGGCAUUGUCACGCCGACGCUUCUACUAAAAGCACUCCCACUCCCCCCACAAAAUUUACAAAACAGCGAAACUGAAAAACGAACACUUGAGUUGUACGAUACUAAUGAAAGGAUAUGGAAAUGUCAUUACAAAAUUU